GUAACCAUCAUGUGACGUCACCAGCAAAGCUCAAUUUGUUUUCCAACAUGGCGGCCUCCUUGGUUAGACUUGUCCGCGGAGGGGUAAAUAGGACUCUAAAUCUGAGUCGGAGUACUGCUCUCAUCCCCAAGAGGUUGGAAACUACGGCAGCUGACAGCAAACCAACUGUCAGACCAAAGGAUGCCGUCACCCACAACCAACUGUCUGCUUUCGGGGAGUACGUGGCGGAGAUCAUGCCCAAAUACGUGCAGCAAGUCCAGGUGACGUGUUUUAAUGAGCUGGAGGUUCUGAUCCAUCCGGAUGGCAUCGUGCCCGUCUUGACGUUCCUGCGCGAUCACACCAACGCCCAGUUCCGGAACAUGAGCGACCUGACGGCGGUAGACAUCCCCACGCGGCCUAACCGCUUUGAGAUCGUGUAUAACCUGUUGUCUCUGCACUUCAACUCUCGUAUCCGAGUGAAGACCUACACUGAUGAGCUGACACCUGUGGACUCCAGCGUGUCAGUACACAAGGCAGCCAACUGGUACGAGAGAGAGGUGUGGGACAUGUACGGUGUGUUCUUCGCUGAUCAUCCCGAUCUGAGAAGAAUCCUGACGGACUACGGCUUCGAGGGACACCCCUUCCGGAAGGACUUCCCCCUUUCAGGAUACGUAGAGUUGCGUUAUGAUGAUGAGUUGAAGCGUGUGGUGGCGGAGCCUCUGGAGUUGGCGCAGGAGUUCCGCAAGUUCGACCUCAACUCGCCGUGGGAGACGUUUCCCGCCCACCGCGCACCACAGGACCCCGCCCCCAAACUAGAGGCCGGCGACAAGUAGCACACACACACACACACACACACACACACACACACACACACACACACACACACACACACACACCUAGACAAGUCCCCCCGCACAGUAAUACACACACACACACACACACACACACCUAGA